UAAUUUUCUACUAAGAAAUAUUUAUAAGAAUUACAAACUAAUACAAAAUGUCUAUAGUUACAUUUGAGAAGCCUGUGACUAGAGUAGCAGAAACAGAUUGGUAUUAUAAAAUAUCAGAAUUAAAAGAAUCAUGUAAUGACCAUAGACGUAAUGUAUUUGAAUUAAGAAAUGAAUCACACCAGAUAAGGAAUAAUACAGAUAUUACUACUUAUUGGAAUACACAUCAUACCAAUUCUGCUAUCCUAAACCGACGUAAUGAAAUAAUACGUUGGAAAUAUCAGAUUGAAAUACUUUACAAAGAUUUAGAAAAAGAAAUAGAGGAUAUAAAAAAUGAUAAAAAAAAAACUGAAGAAGUUCUUGAUCAUUUGAAUUUAAAUUUUACAGUAACUAAUCAUUGCUUAAGCAUAAGAGAUGAACGAGGUGGAGCAGAUUUUUGCUAUGAUAUUGCAUCUGCUGAACUAAAUACUGAACAAUUGACUUUAGAAAAUCUAAAAAAAAUGUUGACUGAAAUUUGCCAAGUUGCAUGGGAACAAAUAAAUGAAUUAGAGGAGUUACGAAUUAAUGUUGAAGAAGACUUGAAUAAUAAAAAUAAUACAAUCUGUAUAGAUACUAGAUUGUUGGGAAUGACAAAAGAUUCUACGAAUAUAUCUCUUAAACCAGAUCCGCUAAGAUUUCCUGAACAUUUUGGUACAUACGAAAAAUGGCUCCAACAGUGUAAUAACAUAAAACAAAGUAUUCAAAAAAAAUUGACCUCUUCAAAAAAAUUGCGUGAAACUAUGUUUUUGCCACGAAAUAAAGCUAGAAAUGAUCUUCGAGGUCAAAAUGGCAGAGUAAAUUAUGCUCUGAGAAGACGUAUUUAUGAUACAGAUAAGCUUAAAUAUGAAUUAGAAUGGCAAAAAUCGAACAUAUUGGCUGACAAAGAAAAGUUUCUAAAAGAAAUUGAAAACUUAGAAAAUGCUUUAGAUAAAAAGUUGUAUUCUAAAAAGUUGGUUGAAACACGUUGCGAAGAGAGAUUGUACAGAAUCGGUGCUGAAUUAUGCCUAGAUAAAACUACAAUUGAAUUGCACAAAGAACAACUUGAACUUGAUAACACUAUUCAAAUUUUAACAAAUAAGCUAAAUCAAACAAAAGAUAAACAUAAUAUUCUCGUGGAACUAGUAAAUGCAGUAGAAGAGGAACUCAAACACAAAGCUCAUACUUUAGAAGUUGAUCGUAAAUGUCUCGAAUAUAGAAUACAAUUGCUGGAUCAAAAAGAAUCUAUCUCGUAAUAGGUAUUAAUAUACUAAUAUUAGGUCUUAGGUCAUGAUUUAUGAAACACUACAUGUAGUCAAUAUUAUUAUAUAACUGUUGAUAAUAUUAUGAUAAUCAAGAAGGCCGUAGGUCUGUUAGCGUAGCGGCAGUUUUACUAUUUUUCUUAGUUAAAAAAAUAUUAUGGCAUAAAUAUAAUAAUAUAAUAAUAUAUAGAUACGAUUA